AUGGUCACCAAGAACUCUUCCUUCCUCACUCGUUUUCCGUCGACCUUGUCGCAGUGUGCUGUACCCUGCACAACAGUGGAUUUAUGGCGAUUUUAACUUUUCGCAUGUUCAGAAGACAGAAUUGCAUACCCAACUGGAGCAAGGAAGACUAGCCUGUGCUUCUGAUACGGCACAUGCAACCAUGGUCACAAGUUUAAUGAUAGAGUAUAGACUAUAAAACAUGGAACUCUUAAAAAAAUAACUUGAUAAACAUCACACAAAUCAUCUAAAAGAGUGUAUUUUAAUUUCAUCAUUUUUGUUCCCGCCAUACAUCGAUGCUGGAGUUGCGCGUGAUUAGAAUUUGUAUUCUUCCAAGAGGUAAGGUGACACCUGAAGAACUGUUUGGAAAGAGCGAACAUGUUUUUCUACGUCUACUUCAUAAUUUAACAGAAUGUCAAUUAAAGAAAAUAAUUUGAGAAUGGUGGUGAUAUUCUUACGGACUACCAUUACGCAUCGUCAAGAAACUUCGGGCGCAGGAGUCAUUUUGAUGGAUGUUUUUAAGGAGGCAAAGAAGAUGAUGCACAUCUGCGCGCUUCAGGCAAUCAUGGUACUUCUAGGGGUAGCAGACUGUCGGGUCUUGGAGGGAUUGCCGAGAUUUUCGUCCAUCCCCACCUACUUGCCCGUCGACUACAAGGUUCUCAACGCCGAGUCGGCCUUUUUUCUGAAGGAGGCCAAUCAGGACUUCAUGAGGAACUCCAGCCUGCUGACACGGACAGAGCCCUUCUUCAUCUACCAGGCCCGCGGUCCCCCCUCCGUCAACGCCAGCUACGGCCCCCUGUCUGUGGAGCAGCCCGUCCCCCUGGAGCUGCUGCACAGCCCGGCCGCCUUCCCCCCCUCCUCCUCCCUCUUCACCUUCAACUGGAAGGUGCAGACCUUCAUCAUCGACGAUAAGAUCCACCUGGUCAAGCCCAAGGUCCAGGUGCUGUUCUACGUGGCGGGGAGGGACUGGGACGACUACAGCGCCGUGGACAAGCUGCCCUGCGUGCGCCUCUUGGCCUUCCACGAGACCCAGGAGGUGCGCGGCAGCUGCCAGCUGCGAGGGGUGCUGGGGCUGUGCGUGGCCGAGCUGGAGCCCCUGGCCGGCUGGUUCAGCCCCCCCAGCGUGGUGCCCGGGCGCCAGAGGAGCCAGGAGCUGGCCGAGGGGACCCCCGUGGAGCUCUACUACAUGUUGCAGUCCACCCAGACCGGGGAGUGCCACUCGGAGGAGGUCCGCAAAGGCAACUCCAUCCGCUCCGACCAGGAGGGCAUGUUUGGCUCCUCCACCUCCACGCCGAUGCAGAGGAUAGGCAGCGUGCGGCUGUACCAGAGCCCCGUCCCCCCGCCCCUGGCCGAACACAGGCUGGAUAGUAACUUCCUGGUCCUGGUGCCGGCCACGCCCCUGAGGCAGAGGGACACCAUGUCUGCCUUCGUCACAGCCUCGGCCUUCUCUCCUGUGGAGAUGUUCACGCUCAGGGUGAAGCUGAAAGAAGGCCUGACCUUCCUGGGGGCGCGGCCCAGCAACCCCACCCUGUGGAUGGUCAGCCAGGACGCCCGGAGCGAGGGUCACCGCGUGGUCACCCUCCAUUGCCGGAGGAAGGAGGCCAGCUACGGACAGAGCAGGACGGAGGGGGGCGUCCACAGGGUCCUGCAGGUGGACUUGAAGGUGGACAGCUUCCCGGACGCGGCGGGCAGCCGCUGGAUCGCGUGGCAGGUGGAGUACCCGGGCAGCCGCUCCACCACCCAGGACACGGAGACUGAGAUCCGGCUGGCGCUGGAGGACCUGGGGGGCAUCGUGCCCCUGGCCAUGGGCGGGGCUCAGAGGCAGGCGGGGGCCCGAGGGCCCGAGGGCAGGCCCAGGGCUGUGUGUCUAACCAGAUACACUGGGGCCGGGGCGGAGGAGGCGGCCUCGGACCGAGCCGCAUCCCUGGUUGUGUACCCCCGCGGCCCUGGCACUCACAGUCCACAGGCGCCGCGCCAUGCAGUCAGGACAGGGAACCUGCAGGGCAUCGCUGCCCUCUCCACCAGCACCCCCACUCCCGCCCAGACGAGAUCCCCUCUCUCUCUGGGUGACCCAGGUGCUGUCCCCCUGUCCGACUCCAUCCUGGCAGAGAAGACGGUGACGGUUGUGGAUGACAAAGUGACCAUCACAGAGCUGGGGGUGCAGCUGGUCACCGGCCUCUCCCUCUCCCUGCAGCUGAGCACGGGCAGCACAGGGCCAUCCUCGGCCACGGCGACCACGCAGGAAGUGCUGCGGAGCCCCAAACAGGAGGCUCUGAUCAGCGCCUGGCUGCAGUUCAGCGACGGCUCCAUGGCCCCUCUGGACCUGUACGACCCGGACUACUUCAUACUGACGGCCACCUCCCUGGACGAGGAGGUGGUGACCGUGCAGCAGGACCCGUCCUGGAAGUGGCCGGUCAUCGUGACGGAGGCCGAGGGGCAGGGCCUGCUGGUCCGGGUGGAGAUGACGGUGUGCGAGCCCUGCCUGAAGUUCAAGCGCCGCAGCGUCCUAGCAGCGGGGAACUGCAACGUGCGGGUCAAGUUCGGCGGCGGCGACUACGGGCCCGAGGGCGAGGAGAUGGAGAACCGGGCCAACGACCGUCGCCAGCCGUCGCCCUCCCAGGACAGGACGGGGCUGGACGCCCACUACUACGGCAGCUCCAUCUCCAACAUGGAGGACGGGUUGGCGAGGAGGGCCACCACCACCAAGAGCGCCCUCGUCCGCAGGCCCGACGGGGGCAAGAUGUCGGACGACGGCGGGCGGGUCCAGAACGCGCCCGUCGACUUCUCCGACUUCCCCGCCCAGGUGGACCUCCCUCGGGGACGCAACCUGGAGGACGACCUGCUGCAGACGGCACGCGGCCUCACCGACCUGGAGAUCGGCAUGUACGCACUGCUGGGCGUCUUCUGCCUGGCCAUCCUGGUCUUCCUCAUCAACUGCAUCUCCUACACCCUCAAGUACCGCCACAAGGAGCUGUCCGUGGAGGGCCAGGAGAGCAUGAACCACGCCCACGACUGGGUGUGGCUGGGGAACGAGGCGGAGCUGUUGGAGAGCCGGGGGAGCCUGUCCCCCCAGCAGGAGGAGCAGGUCUCCAUGAUGGACUCCAGCGCCGGCCUGGAGGAGGGCAGCCACCUGCUCAACGGGGGCUCGUCCUCCCCCUCCUCCGCCGCCGCCCAGAAGAACGUCCAGGGGCAGGUGCACCGCGCCGCCGACACGGGCGGCCCGGCGGCCAAGGACAAAGGAGACUCGCCCACCACCAAGAGGAAGCGGGUCAAGUUCACCACGUUCACCACCAUCCCUCCAGACGACGGCUGUCCCAUGGUCAACACCCUGAGCCUGGGGCACAGCCAGGACAUCAAGUGGGUGUGUCAGGACGUUCAGAUGGGAGACUCGAAGGAGCUCCGGAACUACAUGGAGAGGUUAAAUGACAAUGCUUUGAAAGAAGUGGCAUAAUGUUUGGUGCUCGGUGCAUCCCUGUAUGAUCUCACCCAAAUGCCUUUCACAGCAAGGGGGACGCUUGGAUCCGGAACUGUGAUUAGCGCCCCAGACGGGGUCGCGGCAAACUGACAGCAACAUUUCUGUGAACCACAUAGAACUGCCAAAGGGAUGUUGGAAAAUCAAGGACGAAAAUAGUCAUGAUACCAUAAUAGGAUUAAUGACAAGUCUUUAACUUGAAAAAUAUGUCUAUGGAUGAUGACGUCUGGUUGUUGUUUUGUUACCUUGAAUUUGACCUCCGUUUUCAUCGUCCAAUCAUCAUGGUUCUUUUUGUAGUUGGAAGAAUCAAACAUGCUCCCAGAAUAGCCCUGCAUUAAGCUUGACGUUUUAUGCAGUUGAUGACACUUCUAUUUCAGAAUGCAAAAUGAAUAGAUACAGUAGAUGUUCAAGGUGUAUAUUUACACAUACAUUUAGAUGGAUUUUUGGAAGUUUUAUAACGUUUCGAAUAUUGAUUUCUCACAGUGUUCCGGGUUUUGAUGCACUCGUUUCCAGGGACAGACCAGAAUAAGGCCUCAGAAAGUUCUGCAUGUGGUUUGAAACAAAAGGCACAACUUUUAGGUUUGAUCCUCAUCGUCCUCAUCCGAAGAAGCAGAUAUCUUCUAUGUUCUGUAUAUACUGAUCCUCAAAGGCAUUGUAUUGUUGCUCUGUAUAUUGUAUUUUCAUACAGUACCUAUCAUUUAAAGAAU